ACCAGCUGUCCGGCAAGUGGGCAGUCCCAAAAUCGAGGAAACGAAAACAAUCUCGUUUUUAUAUAAGUUUAAUUUAAACAUUUUCAUUUAAUAACAAAUGCCUCGCAAUCAAAACGCAGAGCGGGAUAAUCCCUGCCUGAAGGAACAGGAGCUUUCAUUCAAAUGCCUCAACCAAAACAAUUUUGAUCGCGACAAGUGCGAAAUAUAUUUUGCCAAUUAUAACAAUUGCAAGGAGUUCUGGAACAAAGUCAAAAUCGAAAGGAGAGCAAAGGGAAUAGCUCCUUAUUUGCCGCCCUUGGAAGAACGCGAUGGGAUUAAAGCAGAAUAUAUGAAAGGAAAACCCCAACAAAGUUGAUAUGUGUAUCUUCCUAUUUAAUACUUUUGUGUAUAUAAAUAUAUAAAUAUCGGGCACCAAAGCUUGCACAACAUUA